AUGACCAGCGGCGACACGAAACGAGGUAAUUUUCGAGCUUUACUUCGUUUUCGUAUCGCCGUUGGUGAAGCCAUAAGGAUGCGUCCAGACUUAAAGCCAUAUCUGUUAUCGGCUCAUUAUGAUGUUGUACCAGCAACUAAUGGGUCUUGGAAACAUGAUCCGUUCAGUGCGGUCGUCGAUGGUGGAUAUAUUUAUGCUCGAGGCACGCUCGAUGAUAAAACGACAGUAUUUGCUGUGAUGGAAGCCUUACAGGAAUACAUCGAAAAGAAUGGACAGCCUCGAAGGUCAUUCUAUAUUGCUAUAACGCACGAUGAAGAGGUAAAAGUUUAUAUGGAUGGAUCCGUCGGUAUUGCCAAUUAUUUGUCUAAAGUUAAAUUUGGUAAUGGUGAUUUUGAGUAUAUACUAGAUGAAGGAUCUUCGAUAGUUGAAGACAGUUUUCCUACCAUUGAAUAUCCAGUAGCAAUAGUUGCCAUCGGCGAGAAAGGCUAUUUAACCGUCGAAUAUCGUGUUGAAAUCACGGGAGGCCAUUCUUCAAUGCCCUCAGCCCCAACAAGUAUCGGAAUCUUGUCAAAUGCCAUGGUAAAAUUAGAAACAAACUUACAUCCGUCACAAUUUGGACGUGGUCCAGAAUUAGAUUUGUUACAGAGUAUUGCUCCUUACACAGCAUUUCCAGUUCGUUUAGUAUUAAGUAAUCUGUGGAUAUUCGGGAGUUUGAUGAAAAAGAUUUUGUCCAUGAACCCGACGACAGACGCACUGCAGCGUUCAACGACUGCAAUAACAAUGAUAUCCGGUGGAGUGAAAGAUAAUGUUUUACCUCCUUCGGCUCAGUCUAGUGUCAAUCAUCGAAUUCAUCCGGGAGAUACAUGUGAAAAAAUAUUUGCCAAAAAUAAACAUAUAAUUCAUGACGAUCGAGUAAAAGAUACAUUGACACAAGGUAUUGAAAAAAAUGAACUGUAG